CCGCUGCCUAAUUUCCUCCUCUUCCACCCCAGGCUCCGCAAGUCCGAACGAUCCCGAUGGAGUCGAUGCUGGCAGCGCUUGCCGCGAGCAGUGGAGGAACGGUCGCUGCCGCAGCCGUUGGCGGGCUGGCCGCUGCCGCCGCGCUCGCUGUGCAGGCCGGCGUCGGCGGGAUGGGCCCCAAGGACCGCACCAACGCGCCCCCAGUUGUUCCUGGUUUGCCGCUUAUUGGAAAUCUGCACCAACUGAAGGAAAAGAAACCUCACAAGACCUUCUCAAAAUGGUCUGAUACUUAUGGGCCGAUAUACACUAUUAAGACCGGGUCUUCGUCAGUAGUUGUGCUCAACACAAGGGAGGUAGCUAAGGAGGCAAUGGUUGCGAAAUACUCAUCCAUAUCUACUCGAAAGCUACCUAAAUCUUUAGACGUGUUGGGUCGUCGUGAUAAAGCGAUGGUUGCUAUGAGUGACUAUGGCGACUUCUAUAAAAAGGUGAAGCAUUUAGUUAUGGCGGGCAUGUUGGGUUCUUCUACUCAGAGACAAUUUCGGGAGACAAGAGACCUGAUGAUGGAUAACAUGUUGAGCAGUUUUCGUACAUUGGUGACUGACAACCCGAAUUAUUCCCCUCUGAACUUCAGAGAUGUUUUCAAGGACGAGUUGUUCCGCCUCUCCUUGGUCGAGAGUAUAGGCGAGGAUGUGAGUUCAGUCUACGUGGAGGAGUUUGGGAGGGAGAUAUCGAAGGAUGAAAUCCACCAGAUUACUGUGACUGACAUCUUGAUGUGGGCGAUUGAGGUUGAUUGGAGGGAUUUCUUCCCCUACCUCGGCUGGAUUCCAAACAAGAGCUUCGAAACAGGACUUCAUACCACAGAAUUUAGGCGAACCAGCGUGAUGAGAGCCUUGAUCAAUGAACAGAAGAAAAGAAUUGCACGUGGCGAGGCAAGGGUAUCCUAUCUGGAUUUCUUAGUGGCAGAAAACACACUAACAGACGAACAAUUGAUGAUGCUGGUAUGGGAGGCGGUCAUCGAGAAUGCAGAUACUACUUUGGUGACCACCGAGUGGGCUAUGUAUGAGCUUGCCAAAAACCCAGAAAAACAGGAACGACUCUACCAGGAGAUCCAGGAUGUGUGCGCCGGUGAGACGGUCACUGAGGACCACCUGCGGCGGCUGCCGUACCUCAAUGCCGUGUUCCAUGAAACGCUGCGGUUACAUUCUCCUGUUCCACUGGUGCCUCCAAGGUUCGUCCAUGAGACCACCAAACUGGCCGGCUAUGAUGUCCCUGCCGGCACAGAGAUUAUCAUCAACCUGUACGGGUGUAACAUGAACGAGAAGGAUUGGGAGAAGCCCGAGGAGUGGAGGCCAGAGAGGUUCCUGGAGCCGAGGUUCGACUCUGCGGACAUGUACAAAACCAUGUCAUUCGGAUCCGGGAUGAGGAUCUGCGCCGGGAGCAUGCAGGCAACGGUCAUCUCGUGCACCGCUAUGGCGCGCAUGGUGCAGGAAUUCGCCUUCAGGCUCAAGGAGGGCGACGAGGACAAAGUGGACACAAUCCAGCUCACCAGCUACAAGCUCCAUCCGCUCUACGUGCAUCUCUCUCCGAGAGGGAGCAAGUGAACGGCAGCUUUGUCUUGAUAAUAAUGAAAUGGUAACUAAGAACCGGUAAUAUGCACCCAUUGUCAAAAUACACAUUUCGAAAAGUUUAAAAAUUCGAAAUAAAAAUCCCACGUGUAUAUCCGGACAUUUUAUGUGCGUGCACGAGGUUUCGAUGAAAAAUAACGUUUUUUGCGGCUUGUGUAAGAAAGACACUUUCUGAUGCUUCAUUCUAACUAUUCACGAGGCAUUUCUUUUUUUUUACACAAGCCACAAAAAACAUCGUUUUUCACUGAAACCUUGUGCACGCACAUAAAAUGUCCUGAUAUACACGCGGGAUUUUGUUCUGAAUUUUUCCACUUUUCGAAAUAUGUAUUUCCAUAAUGGGUGCAUAUGCACCUAGGAACCAAAACACCGUUCUCACUAAGAACUGGCUUUGUUGCGUUUUACAACUUGGCCAAACAAGCUCGAGCAUGAUAAAAGUGUGUAAGCAAUACUGGUUUGCAUGAAUAAUUUGUUCAGAUAUUCAGAUUAUAUGUUCUUAUUUUUUG